ACAAGAAGCUGAGGAUUGGAACCAGGGAGGACAAAUCCCCACAGCAGAACCUUGUGGAAGAGGCCAUUAUGAGUGAGUUUAGGGCACAGGAAUCCAACAGGGAUGAAAAUCCCCAGAGAUUCCACAGGAAGAGGCGCUCCAAACACAGCCCAGUGUGCUCUGAGGAGGAAAGACCCUUGCUUAGCCAGGAAGGUGGGCAGAGCUUCAGCCAGAGCUCAGAGCUGGUGGUCCAUGAGCAGCUUCAUGAUGGGGAGAAGCCCCACAAAUGCUUGCAGUGUGGGAAGAGCUUCAGGCAGAGACACCACCUGAUCAGCCACCAGAUGAUCCACACCGGGGAAUGGCCCUACAAGUGUGGGGAGUGUGGGAAGGGCUUCAGCUACAGAUCCGCCCUUGUGACCCACCAACGCAUCCACACUGGAGAGAGGCCCUACGAGUGUCCCCAGUGUCAGAAGAGGUUUCAGACCAGCUCCAAUCUCCUCCAGCACCAGCGGAUUCACACCGAGGAGCGGCCCUUCAGCUGCCCCGACUGCGGGAAGGGCUUCAAGCACAACUCCACCCUCAUCAUCCACCGGCGCAUCCACACUGGGGAGAGGCCCUAUGAGUGUCCCCAGUGUGGGAAAAGCUUCACCACCAGCUCUCACUUGACCAGACACCAACGGAGGCACCGGUAA